ACCAAAGCGAAAGUGAAAGAAAGCCUUUAGAACUUUUCAUUAGAAAUUAGAAAAUGGCACAUUUAUUCGUCGCAUAUAUUUUAUGGUUCUUUGGUGGAGCUUGGGGAUUACACCAUUUCUAUCUUGGACGAGAUAGACAUGCUUUUAUUUGGUGGUCGACGUGGGCUGGAUGUUUUGGACUCGGUUGGGUUCGUGAUCUCUGGCGGAUACCAGAGUAUGUUUAUGCAGCAAACAAAGAUCCUGGAUACUUGAAAGAUUUAAAUGAAAAAGCAAAGCGAUAUCCAAUACCUCAAUUCAAUGUUGUAAGAUUCGCAGGAGAAGUGAUAGUUGGUUUCUUAUUUGGCAUACUGAUUCGAAUUUGUAUUCCAGAUGAUUUUGUUGCACUGUUCAUUGGUCGUGUUCUGUCAAUAAUUGUGCCUCCGUUUGCAGUAGCAAUAGGAGUUCAUUUAGUUGGAAAUGUAAAUCCGGAAAAAGUAAAUUUCCAGUGGGCGUUACUUGGAGCGUAUAUAUCAAUACCUAUGUUGACUUUAGAUUCUGGAAAUAACUUGGUAUAUUCUUCAAUACUUUCUGCAAUUGCAGUAAACUGGCAGGGAAAAAAUUGGAACAGAGAUUAUUUAGAAAAGCGUGGACUUUGCAAAAGAAUAUUUGUAUUAACUGUCUGUGGAUUGCUAUAUUUAUCACUUUGGUCAAGUGCAAUUUAUUUUAAUGCAACAAUUACAACAAAAGAGGGAGACGAAGUUCCAUUACGAGAGGCUAUAAAUAACUUUUUUACCUCCCCUGCAUGGGCAGAUACAAAAGAAUCAUUUAGAAAUUUAUAUAAAUAUUACCAAGAACAUGGCUGGGAAAAUUUAUAUAACAAGAUAGUAGAUUCUUUAGAUCCAUUAGGAGAAUCCAAAGCAUAUAAAGAUUUAGGUGUGCACGAAAAUGCUUCGGAAGAGGAGAUUAAGAAAUCGUAUAAAAAAUUAGUGAAACAGUGGCAUCCAGAUAAACAUAUAGAUCCAGAUAAAAAAGCUGAAGCACAGAAAAGAUUUAUAGAGAUACAAGAGGCAUAUGAAACAUUGUCUUCAAUAAAGACGAAAAGAGCACAGAGAAAUAAGAAAUCAAGAUCAUCUAGUCAAGAUCAUAGAGAACACACAGAAUUCUAAACAUUUGAUUUUUUUGUAAAGAAUCAAAGAAAUUGUUUAAAGUAUAAAGAUGUUGGACAUGUCAAAGCCCAUGCCAAGAAAAUUCAAAAUUGGGGAAAUUUGUAAAAACAGGGUUUCUUUUAUGGAGUGUAUGUAUUAGUGGUAAAAGGAUAUACAAAAAUGUAUACAUAUUUUGUAUAAUGUACUUUAUGGUAUAGUUUCUAUAGUAAAAAUACUUAGCCAAACAAUGAUUAUGGUUUCUAGAUCUGCAAGAAUUUAUGAUCAGUUAAAAAAAUUAUGACGUGUUUUCCCUAGGUUAUGCCCAGAAAUUUUUUAAUUUUGAGUAAUUGUAAAGAGUUUCAGGAGUGUUUGUGGCGGUAAAAGGAAAUAUACAUAUUUUGUUCAAUGUUUUUAUGGUACAAAUUUUAUUGUAAAAUACUUAGUCAAACAACUAGAUCUUUUGUGUAAAAAAAAACCCAGAAGGUAUGGGCAUACCAUAGUUUUAUUGACAAUUUUUUCAUUUCUUUAUAUCUUGUACAUGUAGCUGCAUUAUUGUCAUCCAAACAUUGUAAACAUUUGACAAAUGCUCUGAAAAUAGAUCUGUUGAAUUCUUUUAAGUUUCAUGGUAUAAAUUGUAUAUAAUCAUGUACACAGGUUGCUUCAUAACCUGAAAGAAACAUUCAGAGAAUCUCUUGCAUGUCUUUUAUCUAAUAACAUCUACUAUGUUGUUCAUGUUAAGUCUUGAUUUAAAUAAUUUUUUACUUAUUCCAUGACUUUGUUUUUUUACACCUUUUCUUGGUAAAUUUAAAUAUACAAUUUUUAGAAAAAAUUCAAUGAUAUCAGUGCAUGCAUAAAAUAUAAAGGGAUUCAAUGUUCUUGUUUACAUGAAUUCACCCUAUUGUACUUACAAUAGACGUAUUUACACUUGUAUGCAAAUUUGUCCGCCAUUACAUAACAUCACACAGGUUCCCGUAAACUUUGACUUCAUAAUUCAAAACAUAUGACGUCACAACUAAAAAGUGAUUGUUGCUUGACGUCAAAAGGUUAUUUGGAGGUGAUGUAAGGUCAUUCGGAGGCAAGAUACAGCUUAAUACCACAAGUGUAAAUACGUUUAUGUAUAAACAACCUUAAAAUUAAAUCAAAACAAUCUGAAAAAGUAUACAGAAAAUGAUGAUCUGAUAAACAUUAUAAUGCAUUGUAAUGUGCAUUUAUAAUGCAUUGUAAUGUGCAUGCACAUAGGGAUAUAAUUUGUUAAUUAUGAAAGCGAAAGUACAAAUCGAUUAAGUUUUUGUUUAUUUCAUUUGCAUAUUUGAUACCAAUCCUAAAAUUUUUAAAUUAUAUAUAUGUUGACUUUUUGUUUUUAUGUCAAUGCAUUUUGCCUACAGUUACAUAAAGUCCAGCUGUUGGCAGCAUUUAUCCAAUAAAUGAAAACCAUUUGCAUGUAUUUAUAUCUAAUUGUUAUUCUACAAACAAAGUCCUUGUCAAUGAAAAACAUAGUAAUCAUUCAUGUUACAAUAAAAAAAAUCAUUUUCAAUAAAUCAUGAGAGAAAUUUAUCCAUUUUGCUAGAAGCCACAACAGUAUUGUAGUAUGUUGUUACACAUAUCAGUCCAAAACCACUUUCUAUAUGUUUUUUGUAUUAUUGCCUGAUGUUUGUUAUUUAUUUACUUUUUGAAGUCUUUAUUUGUAGAAAGAUGUGAAUAUCCUAAUCAAAAUACUGCCAUCCUGGGUUUUUCAUUACCUAUUUAUUUAGCUGUGUUAAAGUUGUGCCAAUAUACUUUAAAGAGCAUUUUUUAAAGAUAUUUUAUUUUAUUAUAAAAUGCAAGAUAGUAUCUUUACUUAAAGAUUUAAAUUUUUAAGUGAAACAUAAUCAGGAACAAGCUAAGGGCAAAGAAUAAUACUAAAUAGCAAAUAAAUGACUGGACCUUAGAAAUUGUAACAAUUGGGGAAAAAAGUUUUAUUUAUGAUAUUUUUUCUAAAACUUUAUUUUGUGGAGAAAAACUAUGUACUGUGGACACUUCUGAUUUUCCAUUAUAUUAAAUGUAAUCAACGACUUUGAAAGAGUUCAUUUAGGUGUUACAUACACUUCAGGGAGAUAACUCUGUUUAAUCAGCUGAAUGUUUUAAUCACAUUCUUUUAUCAAGAAAACAUGAAGCUUCUAAAUUAUUAAAAUUAAUGAUGUCAAACUGCUAUGUAUCAAAACGAAUUUUUUUCUGAUAAUGUGUCUGGUUCACAUUUUUUGAAGUUUAAAUAAUUUUGUCAAAGGGUCAAAGUAAAUAUUUGGUCAAAAUUUUAUAAAAAUUAAAGGGAGUCCAAUUAAUUUUAGACAAUGUUUAAUGAACCACCUUAAAUGAUAUUUAACCAAAUUAUAAUUUCUCUUUUUUUAUUUAAAUGAUCAAUGUGACUGUUAUUUGAUUUUUCGUUAAGAUUCUAUGCUAGGACAUGUAGAAGAUUGUAAUCUCUUUGGAUAAACUUUUGUAAAUCUCAUUUGCUUGUUGAAAUAUUAAUUUCAAAUGCCUCUAUAACCAUAGUUACAUUCUUUGAAAAUAAACCCUUAUUUCCUACAAUUUUAUUUUCAUAUUGUAUAGUUUAAAUAAUAUUUAAUAAAAUUUGUCAGGGAAUGAUUACUUAUUUUUGUAUGUUACUCAUAGUCUCUGAUGUCAUAUAUCUGUGAAAUUAUGUUCCCAGAUUAAGUGGAUUAGUCUUUUUUUAGCAUGCUGUUUUAUGUAUUAGUUUUUGAUUAGGUCUAGUUUAUGCUGAACCACAAGUGGUAAGUGAACGAUAAUUGGUAUGCAGUUGUAUUAGUAUUGGCACAUCUCAUUACCAUGGAGAUCAUUUUGCCCCGCCCCCUCAGUUAUUGUCUAUUGACUUUGAAAUUUUGCUUAAUCUUUAUAUAUUUGUUUGUGAUUAAGUCAGUUUAUGAGGAACCACUAAUAAUUGGUAUGCAGUUGUAUAAGCAUUCACAUAUCUCAUUUCCAUGGAGAUUUUUUGGCCCUGCCCCUUCAGUCAUGGUCUUUUUACUUUGAAAUAUUUGAUUAGUUUUCAUGUAUUAGUUUGUGUUUAGGUCUGUUUAUGAGGAACCACCAGUAGUUAGUUAAUGAUAAUUGGUAUGCAGUUGCAAAACCAUUGAUAUAUCUCUUUUCAAUUGAGAUUAUUUUGCCCUGCCUCCUCAGUCAUGGUCUAUUGACUUUAUAACUUCAAAGCAUAGUUUUCAUGUAUUAAUUUGUGAUUAGGUCGGUUUAUGGAGAACCACUAGUUGUAGGUCAAUGGUAUUUGGUAUGCAGUUGUAUUAGCAUUGGCACAUCUCAUUUCCUUGGGGAUUUGUUAGCCAUGUUCCUUCAAUCAUGGUUCAUUGACUUUGAAUAUUUGCUACAUGUUUUAGAUGUUGCUACAUUUCCACAUUUGCAUUAUCGAAAUUAAAAAAAAAGUGAGACUUAUCUCUGUGAUAACAGUUUAUUAUAUAUUUUAUAAUAAUUAAAUGUAUGCCAUAUGUGUUAACUUCUCAGCCAAUGUGUGAUACAGAAAUAUUUGAUUUUUGUUUGUAUCAUUGAAUUAUUUCCCUUAACACAGAUCAUAACCAUUAUUCAUACACAUUUUUUGUAUAUGCUGUCCUAAAUCACACACUGGAUGUCCAACUAUGUUGAAUCUUUUGACUUUUCCAUGAACAGUGCUAGAUGGAUAUGUACUCGCCGUCUAUUUUUCUUUAUUAUGAAUCUUAAUUUGUUUUGUUAACAUAUAUUUUGCUUUUUAUAUAGGUCAUGAAUUUUAACUCAAUAUCAGCAAAUAUAGUAUAUCCAAGCUUACAAUUCUUCAAACAAAUCCCAUAAAACCAUUAUUCCUACUGCCAUCUGUAUAUGCUGUCCUAAACCACUACCUGCUGGAUGUCCAACUAUGUUGAGUCUUUACUUUUUCAUGAACAGUGCUUGAAUGAUCUUUAUUUUCCUUAUAUUUUCCUUUAUUAUGAAUCUAAAUUUGUUUUGUUAACCUAUGUUUUGCUUUUUGUAUAGAUUUUUGAAUUUUAACUAAAUUCCAGCAAAUAUAGUAAAUCUCAGCUUCACAAUUCACACAUUGCAGCAAUGUCAAGUCUGUUGAGAUUUUUUGUGAACAAACAAAUGCUUUGAUAAUAUUUCUAAUCUCAAAUUUGUCUAUUGCUGUUCCUGACCAUUAGAAUACCGGCUAUUUAAUAAAUGGAUUUAUGUUUA